UGUGUGCCGGGCCCCGACCAGUGAGCUGCGCCGGGAGCGCGAUCGAAGCGUGGGCCCUUCAAUAGCAGAGCGAGCCGGGAGCCGCGCCGCCGACACGCCCUCUAUUUCUGGAGCGCGGGGACACGCGUGCUGCCUGCCGCCGUUCCCCCGCCAAACCCGAGCGAGCAGCCGGCGUCCCCCCUCCUUCCUCUUCUUCCUCGUCGACGGCUGCCGGCUUGUUCGCUUCAUCGUUGGCACCCAGAUCUGCGUACAACCCUGGCGUGAUCCGCGGACGCCGAAUCUUGACUGCCAACGCUGUCCUCACCCAACCUGCCCUUUCAGCCACCCCGAAGAGCCGGCAACGCGACACCGCUGCAUUGGGACCAAGAUGACAAUCAAAGAGAACUUGAUAACCAUGGUGAAGUACGUAUCACCGAACCUGCGGCUACUCCCUCUCAAGAUGCACAUGUUCCUAUACUUCGGGGCGGUGGUGGGCGUGAUGCCCUUCACGACCGUGCUGGCCAAGCAGCUGGGCAUAUCCGCCGCGCUGGCCGGGCUGGUCAACACGACCCUGCUGUUUCUGUCUAUUCUCAUGCGGUUCGCCAUCGGCUCGCUUACGGACAAGGUGCAGCAGCUCAAGGUCGUCCUCAUCGCCAUCAUCAGCGUGGAGAGCUUCUUCCACUUCCUGCUCAUUUUCGUGCCGCCCAUCAAGCCGAGCACGAUCGAUAUCGGCGUCCCAGCUCCCGAGAGCGUUAUACAGAACGACACCAGGCUCCUCUGUUUCUCCCACACGUACAUCGAUGACUGCCAGUCGUACGGCCCCGAGCCGUGCCACAUGCGCUGCCUCUACUCGGCGGCGGCUCAUGAGAACAGCAGCGGCGGCGGCAUGCGAGACAUCGCGUUUCCCUUCAACUGCAGCCUCAUGUGCCACCAGACGCAGUGGUGCCUACCGGCGGACGAACUGGCCGGUGACACCAACGGCUCCGCUUUCCUGGAGGCCGCCGAGAAGUUGUGCACGGUGAGCUGCCUGUCGGUCGCGCAGCCGAACACGAUGAGCACGUCCACCUUCUGGAUGUUCGCCGUGUUUCGCGUGCUGGGCGGCACCGCGUUCGGCGUCGGAAUCUCGCUGGCCGACGCCGCGGCGUACGCCAUGCUGCGCGACCGCAAGGAGGACUACGGCAAGCAGCGGCUCUGGGGCACCAUCGGCUGGGGCGCGCUGGCGCCGCUCAUCGGCUACCUCAACGAAAUCGCCACGGGUGGCUCGCCCUACAUCGACUACAGCCCCGGCUUCUACAUGCUGGCCGCCUUCACGCUCAUGGAUGUGGUCAGCCUGUGCUUUCUGGACGUCCCCCGCUCUGCGACGUCCAAGCAGCUGCUCAAAGACCUGAGCGAGGUGCUGGUGAACCCGCGCGCGCUCUUUUUCACCUUCUCGGUGCUCAACAUGGGCUUCCUCAUGGGCUUUGUCUGGAGCUACGGGCUGUGGUACCUCCAGGAUUUGGGCGCCACGCCCACCUUGCUGGGCGCCAACCUGGCAGUGCAGUGCUUCGGCGGCGAGGUGCCCGUGCUCUUUUUCUCGGGCUGGAUAAUCAAGCGCAUCGGUUACGGCAACGCGGUCAGCCUGUCCAUUGCGGGCCUGAGCCUGCGGCUGGCCGUGUACAGCUUCGGCAUCGACCCCUGGUCCAUGCUGCCCAUCGAGGUGACGCACGGCCUGUGCUUUGGCCUGUUCUACGCCGCCAUGACUUCGUACGCGAGCACAGCGGCGCCGCCCGGCACCGAGGCCACCAUGCAGGGCAUCCUGGGAGGCACCUUCGAAGGGCUCGGUAUAGCCAGCGGCACACUUGUUGCUGGCCAACUCUACACUGAGGUCGGCGGCCGGCAGACCUGUUACAUCUAUUUCAUCUACAGUAUCGUCUUCCUGGUAUUCCACGUUGCGAUCGAGAUGAUCUUCUGCAUCAGGGAGUCCAGACGGGCAUCUGCGCUGAGCGGCUCUCAGAAACCGGAACCGGUAACGUACCAAGACCCCGUGCUGACGACGGAUGGUCGGCGGACGGAUGACUCCCGCAGUUGUAAGGACGAGGAGGAAGAGGACGAGGCCGUUUGAAUGGCGUCGCUACGGGACGCUGCUCAGUGUGUCGGCCCUGUACAGCCGGCCACCAACCUGUGCGCCACACCCUUACGGCGCCUGUGCGAGAGGGAUCUUCUCGCCUUCUGAAGGCAUCCUCUCCCACAGUGCAGGGCGCGCGGGCUGUGCGCGGCACGGCCUCGCGCGCGACCUUUAUGCCGCCGCUGACGGCAAAGUGCUGUCGGCGGCUGGGCACCUCUAAUAAGCCGGCAUUUUGUUGUGCGUCGUUUCGUAUGUUUUUAAGUGUUGCUGCAUCUCAGUAUAAAGCGUAUGAUUCUUACUAGGAACUUUUAUAUAUUUUUGGUUGGGCAUGACUGCGUUCACGGUGCACUGCCGAAUAUGUUCGCGCAGGCUCUGUUCUAAUGCGCAAGCGAGGAGAUGAGUUAAGCAAAUGACCUGAUGUAAUUCGCUUCGAUUGCUUGUUGUCCUGCUGGGAAUCGCUAUCUUGUGGUAUAAACAUAGUUCUUCGUACCUUCCAACUCGGAGCUUAUUUCUCCGGACCCUGUUUUUGUUACAAGUUAGAGAACUUCGUGAGUGAAGCUUGGUAACGAGGUAGCUAUCGACAUCGUCAACUCGCUAUUUGGCAUUACUCAAAUGCCUUCGCAGCUUUAUAGAAACUAGAACGUCCAAGGAACGAUAAUGGGAAUAAUGAUCACGUGAUCUCUUGAGAAUGGUGAUCACGAAUGAUGAGGAGCCUUAAGUAAAGCAUUUUAUUGUUUUCACCGAUAACUGUUCUUAAUUUUUACUGUUUCUUACACCAGCAACUAUUCUGUAGAUCUCACUGCUAGCUAAUUUAGUGCGUUCAGCAGAGGCACGUACCUGCGGCUAAUGCUGUAGUACUACACGCUGAAGUACACAGCGGACUAUCUGUGAUCCUCUUGUCUCACGUUAUAGAGUGUGUGUUUGAGCCACUUAAUUACUAUGCGUGUUACUGUUCGAUGAAUGACGAUCUAGCAUUUACCGCGUAUGGUAAUCAUUUAUAAUGGACUUGUACGCCGAAAGACAUCCUGACUUUGUCAUUCCAAGCACACAGUAAAGAAACGAAGCGGAAGACUUGUCUAAAGCACUACUGUUGAAUACUUUUUAUCAUUGCUCUGAACUGAGACAACUGUGUACGCGCGACCUUCUUCAGCUGUCAACCUUAUUCUAAGCGCGAAGUAAAACUUUUCUGUUACUCACUUAUUUGGUACUCUUUGGCCAGGUCUGGCCCCGUGCCAUUAAAGCACACCGUAAUCAUCAGAAUUUCCUAUUGAGCAGCCAUAGUGGUCUAUUCUUAGUCAGUAUUAUUACUUGUCACCCCAGAUUGCCAAGCACACCGAGGCUUCAUUAUUUUUACAGUAUAACCAUAUUUUUAAGCAUUACGCUGCUUAACGUCGGCGUACGUAGUCUGUAAAAAGCUGUAAAAUACUCCCUGAACAAACUUCAAAGGGACUCUUAAGACAGCGUUUAAAGCUUAUGCAAAACGGAAACACGUAGAAAUUAGAUCAAAAUAUUUUGCAAUCCUUCUUUAAACAGUGAAGUUAUUUGGCACUCGAUCAACUCUCAUACUCCCCUGCAUUAUAAAAUAUUGUUCUUAUUUCAAGGCUUGCUAUCCUUAUAGUGGAGCUCUCGUUCAAGUUGUCAUCAAGGCGCAUUAGUAACGGCGUGAACGACGGGGCAACACAGAAUCCGGAUUCCAGCCAAAUCCUGCAACGUAAAUAUUUGACCAGCACCCGGCGUUGGUAUUACCUGCUUAUCAUUGCUAUACAUAGUGCCACAGCAGUCGCCACUCCAGACAAUCUGUCACAUUGCAAGCAUAUCGCGUUUUGUUGUCAUACAGCUGUGAAUACGAGACGCUCAAAUUUCUUUGGUUGUGAACUGAUGUCGCAUUCUGUUUCUGGGCGUGCAGUUUCCGACGCUUUCGUCACCGCGAGAGCGCAGCAGUUACUGCACAGCCGAAUCCCGCUUUCUUAGUCUUACUUACACUCCGUUUUUAUUGGUGGCAUUCGCAGUUUUACAGUUGCGCGUACAGUUUUAACGAAACACUCUUAACCGUGUGUCUGUGUGCGUGUGUGCAAACUUGUGCGUGUAUGAGUGUGCGUUGUGAUCAGGGUGUUGUCGAAGCAUGAGAUGAGUUGGUGGUAAUCUACACUUUGCACAACGUAGCGUUUUCAAUACUUUUGGCAUUGUGUAGCCUCGCUUACUUCCUCAAUAGCGUCAAAGUACAAGUAUAGCAUGCCUUUACUCAACGUGGCUAACGUUCCUGGGGUCAAGCAAGCUUGUGAUAACCACGAUUCUACACUGUGUGCACCAUUAUUCUUUUUUCUUAAUAAAACGAACGAAUAUGUGCACGUAUAGCUUUGCCUUGCACACUCUUACAAUGCUGUGAGGGCUGGCAAAAUUUUUUAUACGAUACUAGGGAGCAGCGUUAAUCAGUUUCCACGAGGCACAUCCACACGGUCAAUGAAUUUAUCCCUUCGCGUGGUGUGCUGAAUCUGUUAGCCACCGCACAAUGCGGAUGUUCCGCCCGUCCCAUAGCAAAUGUGCAACGUUCAUACCGAGAUACUGACCACUGUGGAGGCCUGUAGGUAGUGCAUGCGAUUUUUGCUGCUCGAUUAGGGUUUUGUUUUGAGAGAUCCAAGGCUCAAUCUGCCGACAGCGGACACUGCAAAGUGUUGGUCAACCCUUGUUUCUUAUAUAUAGAAAUGUUUAGUGAAAUCUAGCACAUUGUGAAAGUGAGGAGCUGAAUGCGUUCCACAUCUUAAGGUCGUAAACUUCAGUGUGCCCUUUUUUCCCGCGUGAAUAAGGUAGUUGCACAGGAAGAUUGAGGAGCUAUGAAGGUUUCGCUGAGAAUUGCUGCAUGUAGGGUGAUUCAAGACCCGCAGACACCACUUUGAAAUCAUUAGCAUGUAAAUACAGGCUUAUAGUUGCAACGGACUCUGAACCCGGUAAUGUAUGGCGCAGACAUUGUGCAUGUCGUAUAUGCGCCGUAUGGUAUGAUGCUUAGAAAAAUUAAACGCUAAGAGUACAGUAGUGUAAUAUGACGUUCUUAACAGCGUAAAUGUCGCUUCAGCACACGGCGACUACGAACUGCAUAUCGUGCUAAGCACGCUACCCAAGGGCGCUGUUCUUGCGGGCCGAGUCGUGUCACCACUGUAAUGAUGCAAUUAUCACGUGACACUUUCAGUAGCCCGGAUUCAUUCCCGUUCUUGACCUUUUCUAUUUAUUCCACACUCCUUAUUCCUCUCCUCUACCGCACUGCGAAGUGGCGUGAAAUAAAAAAAAAUUAAUCUCGCUCGCUUAAGGUGUCGUGCAUGGUGUACUAUAGUGCGGAGCCACGGUAAAAUGGAGUCGCGCCUUUCUUUGAGCGGAUAGGCUGGUGUUAUUGCAGGUGUAUUUAUAUAAUUAGUGCAUGCUUGCGCAGAAUUGAUCCCUUAUCACAAUUUUUUCUUCUAUAGCACGCCAGCGAGUGUGUGUGUGUGGUUAUUUUCAGGGCACCUCCUAUGACGGUCACGUGCACGGGCGCGCCACUCCUGCUUGCCAGCUGCGUACGCUGCUUGAACGCGCAGCACUUGCUCAAUUGACAUCUAGAAGGUGCAAUUGCGGAAGUGGUAUAGUGUUGGCAUCAGCUAUAAGAGGUCGAAUAUGGGACUUACUUCCAAUAAUCAUGAAUUUUGUGACCACGCCUGACAUAUGUUCGUUCUCUGCAAGAUAAAGUAAUGCGUCUGCAUUGUGGUUCUAAGUUCGUAAAGUCAGGUCUUGUUUGUAGUUCUCGUGUGAAUAUGGCACAGAAAUGAUCUCGAAAGAUGUUCGACCAUAUACUGUAACUCUUCUUGCCCCGUGUAUAUGGUAGUUGGUUGCUGAGUGUUGGGAUGGCGCAUUGCGCAUUGCCGAGUAAAAUACACGUGCCUGUCGUUUCGUCUACGUACAACUUGGACCAGUAGAGUGGCUGUGUCGUUUGUCCGAGGUACCUUUCCGAGAUGCGUGUGGUCACGAAGUCCUGCGGCGAACUCGUCGCCCGAAAGUCUUUGUACACAAUAAACUUUCGUUUCUUUUUUAUG